ACGGCCACGCACGUGACCACGUAGAAUGGGAAUCAGCCAAUGAAAAGCGGCCCCUCUGAUAAGGUCCAUUAAUUAUUAAGGUCAUAAAUCACUCCAACGAUUACAUUUUGACAUAAGGGUGUCUAUAUAGUCUCUAUUGAUCAGUUAUGUAUGAAGCCUGAUCCUGAUGCUGUGAAGCAUUAUAUUUAGUAUCUGGGUUAAGGUGUAGAUUAAGUGUAGACUGAGGUUAGCAGUAGUUUUCUGUUCUGGUAAUGUCAAGGUUUGGGUUGUCUAAUGGUGCGUUCACACCAAACGCAUUACGCAAUUGAAUUGACUCAAUAAAUUGUGUGGCAUUGCGGCACAUAACACAGCGCUCCAUUAAUUAAAUAUUUCUAGGACAAAACUGAGAAAACUUUGUCUCAUAACUAGAUUGACUCUGGACUGCUGCUUCCUCUGUGUGGCAUGAAUUGGUAUGAAACUAGAAGCAAAUUUCCAUUUUUGAAAAAUCUCAAAGUCAUCAGUUUAUAUUUACAGAAAACACAAAGUUACAUCAACCAGAAAAAACAACAACAACUGUCACAUAACGCUUGAGUUUAUCAGGAGAGUCUCGUGUUGCUGCGGGUAUUUUUGGUUUUACUGAGUUAUCAAGAACACUCCUUACAUUUACUGGAGAGAAAAAUCUCAUUAAAGUUUGAAAUGUUCUUCUGAGAUGCAUCAACAAAACCUAAAUUAACUUUGAGAAAAUAAUAAAAUGGAGAUGAGAAGUUUCACUGAGGAGCAUUAGUAAAUAUUUAACAAACUUUCUUGUAAAUGAGGAGAUAAAUUUAGAUUUACAGCUGGAAAAAUGUGAUAACCCUAUCUCUUCUUCCUGCUGCUAAACAAACUUUGUGGCUGGGUGGAAACACCUGCUGAAGGUGAAAGCUGAUUGGCUGCAGCCUCUCUGCAAUGAGAUAUGAAUCAUAUAUCAGAGCUCAACCAUGUUUCUGUUUUCAGGAAAUGAAACUUACACAGUCACUUUGUCUGACAGGAAAAGUGGAGCAGAAUCAGCUUGAUUUGUCUGGAUCUACUGAAGAAUCUGGUGACUAUUCCCUGUGGACACAGUUACUGUAUGAACUGUAUUAAAAGCUUCUGAGAUCAAAAAAUUCAGGAAGUUUCGUCUGUCGACAACAGUCCUUAGUGCAGAAAAAACUUCUGUAUCGAGCUCUUACCUGGAGAAGAACACCAUGUUGGGAGCAUUAUUAGAGCAGUUGAUGAAGAUUGGGCUCCUGGAUGCUGCUGCUGAUCACCGCUAUGCUGGACCUGAAGAUGUGGCCUGUGAUUUCUGCACUGGAAGAAAACUGAAAGCCAUCAAGUCCUGUUUAUUCUGUCUGGCCUCUUACUGUGAGAAACACCUUCAGCCUCAUUAUGAUGUGGCUCCUUUAAAGAAACACAAGCUGGUGGAGCCGUCCAAGAACCUCCAGGAGAACAUCUGCUCUAAGCAUGAUGAGGUGAUGAAGAUGUUCUGCCGCACUGAUCAGAAGUGUAUCUGCUAUGUCUGCCCAGUGGAUGAACAUAAAGGUCACAUCACAGUGUCAGCAGCAGUAGAAAGGACUGAGAGGCAGAGAGAGCUGGAGGAGAGACAAGGAAACAUCCAGCAGAGAAUCCAGGACAGAGAGAAAGAUGUGAAGCUGCUUCAACAGGAGGUGGAGGCCAUCAAUCACUCUGCUGAUAAAACAGUGGAGGACAGUGAGAAGAUCUUCACUGAGCUGAUCCGCCUCCUCCAGAAAAGAAGCUCUGAGGUGAAGCAGCAGAUCAGAUCCCAGCAGGAAACUGAAGUGAGUCGAGUCAAAGAUGUUCAGGAGAAGCUGGAGCAGGAGAUCACUGAGCUGAAGAGGAAAGACGCUGAGCUGGAGCAGCUCUCACACACAGAGGAUCACAACCAGUUUCUCCUCAACUACCCCUCACUGCCAGCACUCAGUGAGUCUACACACUCAUCCAGCAUCAACAUCCGUCCUCUGAGACACUUUGAGGACGUGACAGCAGCUGUGUCAGAGCUCAGAGAGAAACUACAGGACGUCCUGAGAGACUCAUGGACAAACAUCUCACUGAUGGUCACUGAGGUGGGUGUUUUACUGCCAGAACCAGAACCAAGGAGCAGAGCUGAUUUCUUAAAAUAUUCAUGUAAAAUCACUCUGAAUCCAAACACAGCUCACAUGCGAAUGGUAUUAUCAGAGGGGAAAAGCAAGGUGACAGUGGUGGAUCAACCUCAGUCUUAUUCCAGUCAUCCAGACAGAUUCACUGAUUACUGGCAGGUUCUGAGUAAAGAGAGUUUAACUGGACGUUGUUACUGGGAGGUGGAGUGGAGAGGGAUACAGGUUAUUAUAGCAGUUGCAUACAAGAAUAUCAGCAGAGGAGGGGAUGAAUCUUCAUUUGGUGAUAAUGAGAAAUCCUGGGCAUUAGAAUGUCGCAAAAAUGGUUAUGAAUUUUGGCACAACAACAUCUCAACCUCCGUCUCAGGUCCAGUUUCCUCCAGAGUCGGAGUGUACCUGGAUCACAGAGCAGGUAUUCUGUCCUUUUACAGAGUCUCUAAAACCAUGACUCUGAUCCACAGAGUCAAGACCAGAUUCACUGAGCCGCUACACGCUGGAGUUUAUUUAUCAUUGGAGUCUACUGUUAAAUUCUGUAAACCCAAAUAGAGAGAAUCCAAUUCAUUCUCAUGCAGAUUUAGUUCUGAUUAUUGUUGUUUUAUGUCUCAACUGUUCAGAAAUCAUGUGUCAGAGAUUAUCUGCGAUUGUUUUUCUUCCAAUUAUAUUCUAGUUUUGUUGAAUUUGUUCAUUUUUCAACACCCAUCUCUAAAGCAUUUGAUCCGCACUAGAAUAUCUGCUGUCUCAUCCCCUUGUUGCUUUUAGCUGCAAAGACUGUGAAUUUGGUAAAAAAAAAAAAAAAAAAAAAAAAAAAAAGACAAAAGAUUCCUCAUGUUGAAAAAGUGACACCAGUACUUCAGUCACAUUCUUGUUUGAACACGUUUUGUCGAGUCCUGACACAAACAAGACAACAGAUAUUGUCUCAUUGUGGAUCUAAGCUCAUUUCAUGUCAGUGAUUUUUAGGAGAAACUUCAGAAUAAAGCUUUCAUUAUGCCUCAAUGUUUAGCUGUUGGUGAUGGGACGCUGCCCCCUACAGGAAGGUUGUGUUUUUACACGACAUGAACUCCAGGGAUUGUUUAUCAUUACUUAAUUUUUAUUAAUUGUAUAAAAUUAAUGUGUUUAAUCACUGAAAAUAAAAUAGUUUAUUUCUGUA